GUUGUUAAGAGAGAAUAUAAUAUAAUAAUAAUAUAAUUUAUGACAGUCCGGUGUGAGAUAUAAGAGUAAGGGUAAUAAAGUGCAGUGCUGAUGUAUUUGAUCGUGGGAGAUCAAGAGUUCAGAAGUCUGACUGCCUGGGGGAAGAAGCUGUCAUGGAGACGGCUGGUGCGGGUCCUGAUGCUGCGAUACCGCCUACCUGAUGGUAGCAGUGAGAACAGCCCAUGGCUCGGGUGUCUGGAGUCUCUGAUGAUCCUCCGAGCUUUUUUCACACACCGCCUUGUAUAUAUUUCCUGGAGGGAGGGAAGCUCACCUCCGAUGAUGUGUCUGGCAGUUCGCACCACCCUUUGCAGUGCUUUGCGGUUGUGGGCGGUGCUAUUGCCGUACCAGGCAGAGAUGCAGCCAGUCAGGAUGCUCUCUACAGUGCAGGUGUAGAACCGUGUGAGGAUGUGGCGGUUCAUUCCAAACUUCCUCAGCCGUCUCAGGAAGAAGAGGCGCUGAUGAGCCUUCUUCACAACGACUUCAGUGUGGAUGGACCAUGUGAGUUCCUCAGUGAUGUGGACACCCAGGAACUUGAAGCUGCUGACUCUCUCCACUGGUGCUCCAUUGAUGGUGAUGGGACUGUGUUCUCUGUCUUUUCUUCUGAAGUCCACCACAAGCUCCUUUGUCUUACUGACGUUGAGGGAGAGGUUGUGCUCCUGACACCAGUGUGUCAGGGUGUGCACCUCCUCUCUGUAGGCUGUUUCAUCAUUGUCAGUGAUCAGACCUACCACCGUCGUGUCAUCAGCAAACUUAAUGAUGGCAUUGGAGCUAUGUGUUGCCACACAGUCAUGUGUGUACAAGGAAUACAGUAGUGGGCUGAGAACACAGCCCUGCGGGGCUCCAGUGUUGAGGGUUAGUGAUGCGGAGAUGUUGCUGUCUAUUCUAACCACCUGGCGUCUGCUUGACAGGAAGUCCAGGAUCCAGCUGCACAGCGAGCUGUUUAAGCCCAGAGCCCGGAGUUUCUCAUCUAGCUUGGAGGGCACUAUGGUGUUGAAUGCUGAGCUGUAGUCUACAAACAGCAUUCUCACAUAAGUGUUCUUUUUUUUUCCAGGUGGGAGAGAGCAGUGUGUAUUGUAGAUGCAAUGGCAUCAUCAGUGGAGCGGUUGUUGCGGUAAGCAAACUGCAGCGGGUCAAGAUUGAGUGGCAAUACAGAGCAGAUGUAAUCUCUAAUUAGUCUCUCAAAACAUUUGCUGA